UCUGAUUCAUUUGCAUCUUUGAAGAAAAGCUGUAGAAGAGAAAGAAAAAAAAUGGGUGUGAAAACAUUUACUCAUAGCUCCACUUCCCACUGCCAGGAGAUGCUUGGAAAGCUAAAUAUGCUGCGAAAUGAUGGACAUUUCUGUGAUAUCACUAUACGUGUCCAGGACAAAAUUUUCCGGGCUCACAAGGUGGUACUAGCAGCUUGCAGUGAUUUCUUUCGCACCAAACUUGUGGGCCAAGAAGAGGAUGAGAGCAAGAAUGUGUUGGAUUUACAUCAUGUUACAGUGACUGGCUUCAUACCCCUUUUAGAGUAUGCUUACACAGCUACUCUGUCCAUUAACACGGAAAAUAUUAUUGAUGUUCUAGCUGCAGCUAGUUAUAUGCAAAUGUUUAGUGUUGCUAGCACCUGUUCGGAGUUCAUGAAAUCAAGCAUUUUGUGGAAUACACCCAACAGCCAACCAGAAAAGGGUCUAGAUGCUGGACAAGAAAGCAGUUCUAACUGCAAUUUUACGUCUCGAGAUGGAAGCAUUUCCCCAGUCUCUUCAGAGUGCAGUGUGGUAGAAAGAACCAUUCCUGUUUGCCGAGAAUCUCGGAGGAAGCGCAAAAGCUACAUCGUUAUGUCUCCUGAAAGUCCUGUGAAGUGUAGCACACAGACUAGUUCACCCCAGAUAUUAAAUUCUUCAGCUUCCUAUUCCGAAAGUAGAAAUCAACCAGUUGACUCUUCGUUAGCUUUUCCCUGGACGUUUCCAUUCGGAAUUGAUCGAAGGAUUCAGCCUGAGAAGGUUAAGCAGGUAGAAGGUACUCGGACUUCAGAAUUACCUGGCCCCUCAGAGACAGACAGAAGAGUGGCUGAUUAUGUGACUUGUGAGAGUACAAAAACUACCUUGCCUCUGGGUCCUGAAGAAGAUGUCCAGGUCAAAGUAGAAAGGUUAAGUGAUGAGGAGGUUCACGAGGAAGUGUCCCAGCCCAUCAGUGCAUCUCAGAGUUCACUGAGUGAUCAACAGACAGUGCCAGGAAGUGAACAAGUCCAAGAGGACCUCCUCAUUAGUCCACAGUCUUCCUCUAUAGGCUCAGUAGAUGAAGGUGUCACUGAGGGGUUACCUACACUUCAGAGCAGUUCUAACACUAAUACCCAUGCAGAUGAUGAUGACCGUACAGAGCGCCCAAGUCCAAAUGGUCCAGACAGACCUUUUCAGUGUCCAACCUGUGGGGUACGGUUCACCCGCAUUCAGAACCUAAAACAGCACAUGCUCAUCCACUCAGGAAUUAAACCAUUUCAGUGUGACCGCUGUGGAAAAAAGUUCACCAGGGCUUACUCGCUAAAGAUGCAUCGCCUAAAGCAUGAAGGUAAACGCUGUUUCCGGUGCCAGAUAUGUAGUGCCACUUUCACUUCCUUCGGGGAAUAUAAACACCACAUGAGGGUUUCCCGGCACAUUAUCCGCAAGCCUCGGAUUUACGAGUGCAAAACAUGUGGCGCCAUGUUCACCAACUCUGGAAAUUUAAUCGUGCACCUGAGGAGUCUGAACCAUGAAGCAUCAGAGCUAGCAAACUACUUCCAGAGCAGUGAUUUCCUAGUACCAGACUACUUAAACCAGGAGCCAGAAGAGACCCUUGUUCAGUAUGAUCUUGGAGAACACAGCUUUGAGAACAACUCCUCUGUUCCAAUGCCAGUCAUUUCACAGGUCUCCUCCACUCAGAAUUGCGAAAGCACUUUUCCCUUGGGGGCUCUUGGUGGGCUGUCAGAAAAGGAGGAUGAAAUACCAGAACAGCCAAAGAGCAAUGCGUGUGCUGAGGCAACCAGAGAUGAACCCCCAAAACCAGAACUGUCUUCUAUAACUAUUGAGUGA